UGCGACAAGCGACGCUACAAACAGCGGCGCACAAUCUCAAAGCACAAACAGAAGAAAACAGCGCAAAAGAAGCAGUUUGACAGUCGCACAUAAGAAGUAAAGCCUCCAGGAGACGCUUUUGUUUUAUAUCUUCAGCAGAUUUGAACUUCGGAGAUGUCUCUGGCAGACGAGCUCCUGGCCGACCUGGAGGAGGCCGGAGACGAGGGGGAGGACGAGCUGUACGCAGAGGAAGACGAGGGGGAGAUUGAUGGCGAGGCGAUUCAGGGAAGGACGGAUGGAGGGCUGGAAGACAUCCCAGAGGAGAUGGAGGUGGACUACAGCAAAGCCGAGAGCGUCACGUCCAUCGCCAAGCUCCGCAACAGCAAACAGUUUUCAGAGAUCAUGGACAAGAUUUCAGGAUAUAUCGGAAAACAGCGCAAGAACUCAGAGGUCUCGGGCCCAGUGGAGGCCGACCCAGAAUACAGACUGAUCGUAGCAGCCAACAACCUCACAGUGGAGAUCGACAACGAGCUCAACAUCAUCCACAAGUUCACCAGAGACAAAUACUCCAAGAGGUUUCCGGAGCUCGAGUCUCUGGUUCCAGAUUCUCUAGAUUACAUCCGCACAGUCAAGGAACUUGGGAACAAUCUGGAGAAAUGCAAAAACAACGAAACUCUGCAGCAAAUCCUCACCAACGCCACCAUCAUGGUUGUCAGCGUCACGGCCUCGACCACGCAGGGGUCGUUGCUGAGUGAGGAGGAGCUGAAGCAGCUGGAGGAGGCCUGCGACAUGGCCCUGGAGCUGAACCAGUCCAAACACAGGAUCUAUGAAUACGUAGAGUCCAGGAUGUCCUUCAUCGCCCCCAACCUGUCCAUCAUCGUCGGAGCGUCCACGGCUGCCAAGAUCAUGGGUAUCGCCGGAGGCCUCACCAACCUGUCCAAGAUGCCGGCCUGUAACCUGAUGCUGCUGGGCGCCCAGAGGAGGACGCUGUCCGGCUUCAGCAGCACCGCCCUGCUGCCCCACACCGGCUUCAUCUACCACUGCGACGUCGUUCAGUCUCUGCCGCCCGACCUCCGGAGGAAGGCGGCCCGGCUGGUGGCAGCUAAAUGCACUCUGGCAGCCCGAGUGGACAGUUUCCACGAGAGCUCAGACGGCAAGGUCGGCUACGAUCUAAAGGAGGAGAUCGAGAGGAAGUUUGAUAAAUGGCAGGAACCUCCGCCGGUGAAGCAGGUCAAACCGCUGCCGGCUCCUCUGGACGGGCAGAGGAAGAAGAGGGGAGGACGAAGGUACCGAAAGAUGAAGGAGCGACUCGGCCUCACCGAGAUCAGGAAGCACGCCAACAGGAUGACCUUCGCAGAGAUCGAGGACGACGCCUACCAGGAGGAUCUGGGCUUCAGUCUGGGUCAGCUGGGGAAGAGCGGCAGCGGCAGAGUCCGGCAGGCUCAGGUCAACGAGGCCACCAAGGCCCGGAUCUCCAAGUCCCUGCAGAGGACGCUGCAGAAGCAGAGCAUGACGUACGGAGGGAAGUCCACGGUCCGGGAUCGGUCGUCAGGAACCAGCUCCAGCGUCGCCUUCACUCCCCUGCAGGGUCUGGAGAUCGUGAACCCUCAGGCUGCAGAGAAGAAGGUGGCUGAAGCCAACCAGAAGUAUUUCUCCAACAUGGCCGAGUUCCUCAAAGUCAAGAAGGAAGCGAAGAUGUGAACGCCGACUGUUAAAUGUGUCCCGCGUUGUGCUUCAUCCUCUAUCUUAUUUUUAUUUUUUAACUUACACUUUGUCCAGUUUAAUAAAAUGCGUGAAGAUUCCAAAA